AUGGAACUACUUUUCCGUGAGACGUUUGGGACUAUUGAGCCUGAAGUAGACCUAGCCUCUCUCACUCAGAUGGCCCAGCAGCCUACAGAAUCAGCAGUCGCCUAUCUUCAGCGCUUUCAAAUCCAGAAAGCCAAGCUGAAUGUCAUCCUGCCCGAGAAGGAGUUAGUCAAGUUGGCAGUCAAAGGUUUGGAGCCCCGACAACGAAAGAAGCAGCAUGGCAGCAUGAUUCAGUUGAUGGGGGAUAGGGAUGGCAAUGGGGCGGCAACCCUGAGCUACCAGCCGGCCACUUAUGACCCUUAUUACCAUCACAACACUGAAGAAGUGGUCCAGGACGAUGAAGAGGUCGAGGAUAAUGACAUAGCGGCUUACGAGUUAACCGGGAAAAAGAAUCCGUCCUUGAAGCAGUUGAAGAUUUCCAAGGAGCCCGUCAAGCUUAAAUCGAUGGCCUUUACCAAGCCGGAGUUUGCGACAUAUACUUACGAUGCCAAUAAGGCUCACGAGAUCCUUGACGAGAUGAUCGCUGCGAAGAUGGUGAAGACCGAUUUCGGACCUUUUCCGCAACCAGACCAGUUGAAGGGGAAGAAAUAUUGCAAGUUCCAUAACCUGUGGAAUCACAACACCGCGGACUGUGUAAAGCUCAAAGACCAGAUUCAGGUAUGGCUUAAUAACGGUAGUUUGCAGGUAGAGGCUCCAGUCACAGCGGCGGCACUAGUUGAUGUAGAUCCCUUUCCAGACACUGGGAUCAACAUGGUCAAUGUAGAGUGGACCAAAUAG